UCUGUAUAGAGUUAUCUACCUUUGAUUUGGCACAUGGGGUUUUCUUCGAAGCCAAAGGGGAUAUGAUAUUUUAGAAAACUAUUCCAGAAAGUGAUGAAAAAAAUAUGACAAGACAUCAAACAUUUAACAGUUCGAGGAAGACAUAGCGGAGGUCCAAGAUGUUGCGUCAAGGUCUGCGUAACUGCAUCCGACAGUUCUGUUCCAAUGGGUCAGAGAAAACACCCCCAGCUGGGUCGUUCCGGUCGCCCUGGAAGAUCUUGAAGGAAGAGUUCCAGGCUGUGCAGCAGGGUCAGCCCCUCCCCACUGAGCUGCCUGUCCCCCGCGAGGUGGACAUCCUGGUGGUGGGAGGGGGGCUGAUCGGAUCAGCUGUCGCCUACUGGGUCAAACAGAGGCAUCCCAAGGGAGUCAGCCUCAUGGUGUUGGAGAAAGAUAUGAGCUACACCCGGGCAUCGAGCACCCUGUCAGCAGGUGGUCUCAGACAUCAGUUCUCAAUGUCCGAGAAUGUGGAGCUGUCUAUGUUCUGCACCGAUUUCCUCCAGAACAUCAAGGAACAUCUCAGUGUUCUUGACCAGGACCCUCCCAGUGUCCCCUUCAACCAUCAAGGCUAUCUGUUCCUGGUCCCUCCUGACAAGGUGGAACAGUGUCUCAAAAACCAUGCUUUACAGACGGAGCUGGGGGCCAAGAUUGACCUGUUAACCCGUGAUAGGCUGAAGGAAAAGUUCCCCUGGCUGAACCUCGACGGAGUUGAACUCGGAACUUACGGUUUGGAGGGAGAAGGAUGGUUUGACCCCUACUGUCUGCUCCAGGCCUUCAGGCAGAAGAACCAGAGUCUCGGGGUCCGCUACGUGACCGGGGAGCUCACAGAGUUCGACUUCCGGGAAGAGAGAAGUAUGAUGGGGUCCGAGUCCAACACGCACAAAAUACUCGACUCUGCUGUUAUCAAAGGCAAGGAUGGAAAGACUUAUGAGACAAGGUUUGCAGUUGUCAUCAACUGUGCUGGAGCCUGGGCAGGCGAUGUUGCUAGGAAGGCAAUGAUUGGUCUUGGCCCUGGAGACCUUGCAACACCACUUCCUGUUGAACCCCGGAAGCGCUACAUCUAUGCCAUCCAUUGUCCAGAUGGGCCUGGAGUGGCAUCACCAAUGACCAUUGACUCCAGCUUAACCUACUACAGACAAGAUGGUUACGGGGGCCAUUAUAUCUGUGGCUGCUCCCCAACAGAGGAGAACGAGCCAUGCACAGACGAUCUCGAGGUCAACUAUGACUACUUCCACGACAAUGUGUGGCCAUCACUGGCAAGCAGGGUGCCCAAGUUUGAAUGUCUCAAGUUAAAAAGUGCCUGGGCAGGUUUCUAUGACUACAACACAUUCGACCAGAAUUUGAUUAUAGGAAAUCACCCGUAUCAUCGCAACAUGAUCUUCGCCAAUGGUCUCAGUGGUCACGGCGUGCAGCACGCUACCGGCGUCGGCCGUGCUGUCAUGGAACUCAUUAUCGAUAACGAUUUCAAAACUAUUGACUUGAGUAGAUUAGGCUUUGAGAGACUGAUAUAUAAGACGCCUGUAUUUGAACAAUGUAUCGUGUAACAUUGGGAACUUGGGAACAAGAAUGUUUUAAUAGGUGUGGGUGGUCAUAUAAAUGUUACCCAUUUACUCCAAUCUUUGUAAAUGUUCUUGUAAAUGAGUGAUUGAGGACAUUUUAAUCUAGAUAAGGUCACUAAUUGGAAAGUUGAUUAAUUCAGCUUUUUUAUUUGUGAAAAUGAAAUACUGAACAGGUUUGGACGUGACUUGUCACUUGUCAUAAUAAGAUGACAGGCUGCGAUAUAGCUGAAAACAAAAAUGUUUAAGGCAGCAUUAAACUAAAGUCAUAAACUAAGGUUUGAGGACACGUUCAAGUAUUAUUACCUUGCUGUCCUUGCCGACAUGUCCUUGAACAUCCAGUAGAUGUACUCAGUAGUUCUGUGUGUGUCUGUAGUCAGUGCUAGAUUACAGCUGUUGAUUAAGCAAAGAAUUGACUGUAACUAACCUGUCUCUAGUCCCAGAGUCAAUAAUUCAUGGUAAUGUUCAGAUGCAAGUAACAAUGUCAGGGCAUUGUUGAUAUUUUUUUGUCUUGGAGUGUGUUUGAUCUGAGUAUUGCUUGUAGCGUGUGUUCAUAAUGAUAUGUACAAAACUUUGUUUGAAAUAAACGGAAAAUUUUUUUA